AUGUGGAUGGUCAAGAUGAGUCACCGGAAGUUCGAAGCGCCUCGUCACGGCUCCCUUGCCUACCUCCCGCGCAAGCGCGCUGCCCGUCACCGUGGUAAGGUCAAGAGCUUCCCCAAGGAUGACGCCAAGAAGCCCGUCCACCUUACUGCCUCCAUGGGCUACAAGGCUGGUAUGACCACUGUCGUCCGUGACCUUGACCGUCCCGGUGCCAAGAUGCACAAGAAGGAGAUUGUCGAGGCCGUCACCGUCAUCGAGACCCCUCCUCUCGUUGCCGUUGGUGUCGUCGGUUACAUCGAGACUCCCCGUGGUCUCCGCUCUCUCACCACCGUCUGGGCUGAGCACCUGAGCGAUGAGGUCAAGCGUCGCUUCUACAAGAACUGGUACAAGUCCAAGAAGAAGGCCUUCACCAAGUACGCCAAGUCCCACGCCGAGAGCUCCGGUGCCUCCAUCACCCGCGAGCUUGAGCGCAUCCAGAAGUACUGCACUGUCGUCCGUGUGCUCGCCCACACCCAGAUCCGCCAGACUCCUAUCAAGCAGAAGAAGGCCCACCUUAUGGAGAUCCAGGUCAACGGUGGCUCCGUCUCCGACAAGGUCGACUUCGCCCGCAACCUCUUCGAGAAGACCAUCGAUAUCGAUUCCAUCUUCGAGAAGGACGAGAUGAUUGAUGUCAUCGCCGUCACCAAGGGUCACGGUUUCUCCGGUGUCACCUCCCGUUGGGGUACCACCAAGCUGCCCCGCAAGACUCACAAGGGUCUGCGUAAGGUCGCCUGUAUUGGUGCUUGGCACCCUAACCACGUCCAGUGGACUGUGGCCCGUGCCGGUCAGGACGGAUACCACCACCGUACCUCUUGCAACCACAAGAUCUUCCGCAUUGGAAAGGGUACUGAUGAGGGUAACGCCUCCACCGAGUUCGACAUCUCCAAGAAGCAGAUCACCCCCAUGGGUGGUUUCGUCCACUACGGUGAGGUCAAGAACGACUUCGUCAUGGUCAAGGGCUCCGUUCCCGGUGUCAAGAAGCGUGUUAUGACUCUGCGCAAGACUCUGUACCCCCAGACUUCCCGCCGAGCCACCGAGAAGGUCGAGCUCAAGUGGAUCGAUACCUCCUCCAAGUUCGGUCACGGUGCUUUCCAGACCUUCGAGGAGAAGAAGGCCUUCAUGGGUACCCUCAAGAAGGACCUUGUGGAGACUGUUUAA